CUGCUGGACUUUUAUUUUGACAGCUGGUUGUCGGAUGUAGUGACAGUGACUGCUGAGCGGAACCUUUAGUUUAGAAACACAGCAGCAGACUGUUGGAGGUUAAGGUGGAUUCAGGGCUGUUUAUUGUAUUGAAUCAGAUCAAGUAACAGAGUCAUUGUGAUGUAUUGAUUGGACAUGUUCUAAUAGUUUCAGCGCUUUGGACAGAUGUUUGCUGUGGUUUAAAAUGAAGACUGGAUUCUCUGUAGGUGAAUAUGGAAGGGUGGUUAGAGUUUCCCCCGGUCUCCAGUAAAGUGGAGCAGCAGAAGAUCCAGCUCUGAUCAGCAGCUCCACACCUCUGUACUCAGACUGCUCUGCUGGAGGAUCACCAUCAGCUCACCUGCUGCAGAACUGAAUGCUGUCCCGUUUCAAGUCUUCUCCUGAUCCCACAUCAACAUUUCUACCUGGAGGAAAGUUUAGCUUCACAGAUACAAUCAAAAGAUUUUGCAAAGACGUAAAGCUGCUGAAUGAAGAGAAAACAUGGCAUCUAUAGAAAUCUCCAAUACUCAGCAAUCACCCUCUCCUACACCUCCCAGGGAAAUGCAGAAAAGUACAAGCAAGAGGAAAACUCACCACUGCUCAGAUUGUGGUAAGAGCUUUAUAAAUCGAAGUGAUCUCCAAAUACACCAGUACAUUCACACUGGAGAAAAACCUUUUCACUGUUUAGAAUGUGGAAAGAGUUAUACAACACAGCGCAACCUCAAAACACAUCAGCGCAUUCACACCGGAGAGAAACCGUAUCAGUGUUCAGAGUGUGGGAAGAGUUUUACUCAACAGAGUACUCUCCAGCAACACCAGCUUGUACACACUGGAGAGAAACCGUAUCAAUGUUCAGAGUGUGGAAAGAGCUUUAAUCAUCAGAAUAAUCUCAACACCCAUCUGCGCAUUCACACUGGAGAGAAACCGUAUCGCUGCUCAGACUGUGGGAAGAGUUUUAAUCGUCUGAGUACUCUCCAACAACACCAGCGCAUUCACACUGGAGAGAAACCGUAUCACUGUUCGGUCUGUGGGAAGAGUUUUAACCGGCAGACUUCUCUCCAUCAACACGAGCGCGUUCAUACUGGAGAGAAACCGUAUUAUUGUUCAGAGUGUGGGGAGAGUUUUAGUUCUCACAGUACUCUCCAGCAACACCAGCGCCUUCACACUGGAGAGAAACCAUAUCAAUGUUCAGACUGUGGGAAGAGUUUCACCCAAAGGAUUACUCUCAAGCAACAUGAGCGCAUUCACACUGGAGAGAAACCGUAUUACUGCGAAGAGUGUGGGAAGUUUUUUAAUCUUCAGAGUAAUUUCCAGUGCCACCAGCGCAUUCAUACGGGAGAGAAACCGUAUCACUGCUCAUAUUGUGAGAAGAGCUUCAGGCGUUCAAAUACCUUGAACAGACACAAGUGUAUUAAGAGCAAAGAAAUAAGCAGCGACCCACCUAAAACCAUUCCCGAUCCCAACUUAGAUUUAAAAAUAUGAGUAGCUUGUUUACAGGGGAGGAAACAUGUUCAUUUCAUGUUCAUAGAACAUGUUCGUUUCUGUGACAUUCAGAAAUCAAUACAUAACACAAACAUAGGUGUCAUAGACAAAGUCUAGCCUAGAGACUGGGUAAGAUGGCUUCUCUUUGAGUAAAACAAGGUAAUUUUGCAUCAUUUCCACACAUAGGGGAAUCAAAAUGUAUUUAGUUUAUACUGUACAUUAUGCUUGUGAUGGAAAAAGAACACCACCUUUUGAUUCUUCUCCACAGUAGGUUUAAUUCCACCACACAAGCGUAGCAAAGAACAAAUGAAUUGAAAAGCACAGUCAGUGCACUCUAGCAAAGAUUUGGAGACAGCAAGCAGUGGAAGAUGUGAUAGUAUGAUACUAAGAAGUUAAGAUAAACCACCUCAUAUAUUUCUGUUCCUGUUACUGUGGUUCUCUACUAGAGAAAAGUGCACAGUGCUGUAAAAAAAGUUGAGUGAAGGAAUGGGAUGUAUGUACGCUGUUCCUUUUCCCUGGCAUGUCAAAAACGUGGGAGGAGUCUGCUGUAGGAGCAGAAUGGAUUGGACUAAGGAGACUGAAUGUCAGCAGAGGAAUGCUGGGAACAGUGCUCUGAUGAGUGAAGGCGAUUAAAAUACGAUUAAAUUGAGUUAACCGAAGAUGUAGGUAGACUUAGAGAUUUUGUAGAGAUGUAGGUAAGAACAUUAAGCCUUCUGCUGAUUGUGGGUUUGAUGAAAUUCUUUUAAUGUGUUGUUUUUGUGUUAUGUUGAAAAUGUCAUACUUUGUUAAAUUAAAUCAAAUAAAAAUAAUUUAUAUAGCUCCUUAACAACUGAUGUUGUUGCAAAGCAGCUUUACAGAAAUGUGAUCGCAGAACAGAGAAUCAGGCAUAACACUAAACAUACAAUACAGAGCGCCUCAGAAGAGCGCAGAGGCAAGGAAAAAAGACUCACAUAUAAGGGGGGUACCAUUCUUCCAGUGGUCAGACAACUUUUAAAUAAACGUUAAAAAGUCAUUAUAGAUCCACACAAGUCUAAUAAAUGUUCAGGUAAAUAGCAACACUAAAAGUGGAAGCAGUCAGAGUUCAUGUAAACUGUAUUGGAGAUUUAUACAUUUUUUAACAUUUUUUUAUUUUAAUUUUUAAUUACUUUUAUUUAUUUUUAUUUAUUUAUGUAUCUAUUUUUUAUUAUAUUAUUUUUCAUUUUGUCAUUUAUCAUUCUUAUCUUUUUCUUUACUAGUACUAUUUGUUUUUAUUCAUUUUAUAUUUAAUACAUUUUCUUUCAUCUAUAUUAUUCUAUAUAUAAUCUAUAUAUGUGCAUUUCCUUUAUGUAUAAUUUAUUUUACUAUUUUGUUCCUUAUUAUUUCUAAUUUAUUUUUAAAUGUUCAUUUUAAAUUCAUUUUAAACUGUAAAUGCUCAGCAGCAUUAUAAAUGAGGAUCACCCUCAAUGUAUUUCCUAGUGAAAAUAAAGGUUGAUUGAGAGUGAGCUGAUCUGAGGUGGGUGAUGAGAAAGACUGACUUCCAGAAACUUCCAUCAGUUUGGCUGGACAGGAGACAGGAGCACCUGAGAAUUACAGUUUUUGAAAUGUAUUUGCCCCCUUACAGAUUUCUUUUGUUUUGCCUUUUUGCCAUACUGGCAUUUUUCAUUAUCAAGCAAACUUUAAUAUCAGACAAAUAUAACAUGAGUAAAUACAAAAAGCACUUUUUAAGUAAAUUGUUCCUUCCAUGAAUUAGCCACAACCAGGCCUGAUUACUGCCAGACCUGUAGAAUGAAUAAAUUACUUAAAGAAAACCAGUAUGAAACAGAAUAAAAUAUUUCAAAAAAGCAAUACAUUAUGCACUACAUAAUAAGUAAUAGGGCAAUAAUUAUAUGUACUAAAUUCUCAUUAAUGGUGCCAAAGUAUUUUUACGUGUAUUGUGUGUACAUAUAUGUUUCGAUCAAGAUUGUUUUGUUUAUUUUACUCAAGAUGUGAAGAAGAUAUUAGAGAAUGUUAACAGUUAUAUUAUUCUGGCAGAUAUAACCAUAAAAUUAGUCUUGAAUUAUGACUUUAUGAAUCAUGUUUUAAUUCAAAGUUGUCAUUUACCAUGUUGUGGUUUUACUGCAGUUUUAUGUGUUUUUAUGUUUAUUAUAAUCCUUUGUACCUUUAAAUAAAGAUUUGUGUAUUUAUCAUUGGUAAAAAAGUAAUAUUAUGGAUAA